CCCUUUCUUCACCGAUGAGAAACCGCCCUAUAACUCAUGAAAAUUGUUGUGCGUGCGGCGUUUGCCCGGGGUGCAGAGAAGGUCCGGGGGGGAGGGGGGAGCUCAUAAAGAUCAAACACACAACAGUGCCAGUGUCUGGGUACAAACUCACCAUACGGGUAUCUGAUGAGGAAAGAAAGGAAGAAUGGGUGUACGAAAAUAACUUUCCCUACUUUGAAACGCCUAAUCAUGGACGCAACAUGCAUACAAGCACUCUGAAAUCAGGACUUUUAUUUGGUGGUCAUCCGUCCCAUUUUAUUGCAAAAAGAGACGUAAUGUCCCACAAAGAAGAUAAUGGAUAUUGCUUAGAUAGAAUCUCUAUAUCGAAGGAAUUGCACAGCAGCCCUUUACAAAAAGCUAUCAUAGUGGAGUUGGGAAUGGAAGCAAAAAUGCUUUGUCACUUUUGUGACGAGUCGACUCAGAGAGCGGAGUCUCCUAGAGUCUGGCACCGCGUCGUUAGCGCAGAACCUUGGGAUAUGAAGAGCCGCAGCCUGAAGACAGAAGAAGUGGAGAUAGACGCGCACGACGAUGAAACUGCGAAUCGCGUUGUGGUAACACCAGAGCAUAGCUUGAUCAUUAAAAGAAUGGAAAGAGCUGAUGCAGGGACGUAUUAUUGCGAGACUUUCACUGAGAAAUUCAAUGAUGACAUUCAAAUGUCACCUGAUGACAAUGGCGAGUCUCUGCACAUCAAAGGUUAUAAAGUGAAAGCCGUCUAUCAUUUGGAUUAUUUCGCUGAAAACAAAAACAACAUACAAAUAGUGUCUCGAGAGAAGGACGUCUUUUCACUUCCUAAUAUACCAAUUGUUAACAUAACAGGAAACUAUGUUACAUUCACAUCUUGGGCAAAAUGGUCUGAGUGCAGUACAUGUGGCAGACACGGAGAAAGAAAGAGAAUAGGUAUUUGCAAAGUUAAGAUAAGUGUACCGGAAAAAUCAGUAUUUCCCAAGUUUCUUGGACAUAUUCUGCGUUUGUACUCCGACGGGGCACCAUGCCACUCAUCGAUGUUUUCCGAAUUACCGGAUAUCUUUGACAGACAGGAUGAAAUGGAGUGGGGGAGAUGUACGCUGCCCUGCAGAAAAAGUGUUGCCAAGAGACAAACACAUGAAAUAAAACAUAAAAGAUCAUUUUAUGGAGAUAACUUCAAAUAUAAGGAGAGAGAGCAGAAAGAAAGUGGUGAAGAGACUGAAGUUAAUGUCAAAGAAGUAAAAACGUCUCACUCCAUUCAAGAAGAAAAAAUCACCCAAGACAUAGAUACAGAGCUUUUGCUUGCAUGCCCUGGUGCUUCUAUGUUGAACAUGGUAUGGUGGGUAAAUGGCAGCCGCUAUAUCCCAGUGCUUGAGGUACAAAACAGGACAGAAGGGAGAGUAGAAAUCACUGUUCUAAACCAGCUGGUUAUUCAUAAACUUAAUGGAUAUGACACAUUAAAUCCAUUCACUUGUUAUGUUGAACAAAGAGAAAAAAAGAAAUUUAUUAUAAAAGAUUUUGUAGAGAAUCUCAAGCAAAUAGGCAUUACAUUUUGCCUGAAUUUCCUGCUAUUUAUCCUUGUCCUCAUCAUAAAACACAAGCAGAGGAUGUCUCAGCCAACAAAAUGA